CGGGCGAGGGGCGGAGCGAGAAGAGAAGGAAGCCGCGGCUGCCACUCCACAAAACGCCGCGUCGGAGCCAGGAGAGCGGACCUGCGCCAGCCCGGGGCUCCGAUUUCCGGUCUUCUAAGAAUCAGGAGGAAGAAACACCAUGUGGCUUAACCUUUCACUUGGAAACAUAGCUUUUUAAAAGAGAUGGCUGACAAGGCUGGAAAAAAUCUUUCAGGCCCACUGUUCAUUGAAGUUGAAUAUGAUUAUGAGUAUGAAGCAAAAGACAAAAGGAUUGUGAUAAAACAAGGGGAGAAAUACAUCUUAGUAAAAAAGACUAAUGAUGACUGGUGGCAAGUCAAAAAGGAUGAAAAUUCCAAACCCUUCUAUGUGCCAGCACAAUAUGUUAAAGAAAUAACCCGCAAAGCACUAAUGCCACCUAUUAGGCCAUUAGUUGGACUGCCAAACAACUCUCUAAAACUUGCACAUGGUUUACAGAGGUCAACAGAAAAUGUGAAUAAAUCUCCAGAGCUUUCAACUUCAGGGAAAUCGUAUCUAGUUCAAGCUCAGGAUGCCAACCAGAAUCUGGGACCAAACAGUAGCCCAGGUCAGAAUACUGGACUUAGCAUAGAACUUGCCCCAAACAAUGGAAAGUUUAAUGAUUUACAGUUUGUUAACGUUUCCAAUCAGAACGUGAACUUAUCUGGGUCUCACUUUCAUUGUUCAGAAUGUAUGGAAACUGAGAAGACCAGCUUCUUGCAAGAACAACCCUGUGAUUCUGUAGGCGAAGGAUCAGAAAAAAUCCACCAAGAUUCAGAAUCUGGAGAUGAUCUCAGCAGCAGUUCCACAGAACAAGUACAGCCAGUGACACCACCAAGCCAAGGAAGACCAGAUUCACCUGUUUAUGCUAACUUACAAGAACUGAAAAUUUCUCAGUCUGCACUACCACCUGUGCCUAUAAGUCCUGCAGUUCAAAUUAGUGGGGAGUGGGAGACCCAUAAGGAUAUCACAGGACGCUACUACUAUUACAACAAAGGGACACAGGAGAGAACCUGGAAACCACCACGUUGGACUCGGGAUCCAAGCAUAACAAAAGGAGACUGUUCGAACCAAGUAGAUCAAGAGACAAUUUCAACACAAGAAAACUCUCACAGUCCUUGUAACAGCCAGUCAGACAGUCAAUAUGAUUCUCCUCCCAAAGGUUGGUCAGAGGAGAUGGAUGAACAUGGCCAAACACAAUAUACCAGUGACCUCACCAAUGAAAAGUGGGUAAAACAUGUAGAUGAACAAGGUCGGGCAUACUAUUACAAUGCAGAUGGAACACGUUCAGAAUGGACUUUGCCAAAUUAUAAUGCUUCACUACAACAGCAAAAAGACAUAGUUAAAAGCAGAAGUUUGGACAGGAGACUUCAGGAACCAGUAGUUUUAACAAAAUGGAGGCACAGCUGUGUUGUGUUGGACACAAAUGACAAGGAUUUCCCUUUUCCUGCAAAGAUUCCAUUUCCUGAGAAUGGAUCCUCUCCUUCCUCACCAAGGCAUCAAACCACAGACCAAGAGAAGUAUGGAUUAUUAAAUGUAACUAAAAUUACAGAAAAUGGGAAAAAAGUCCGGCAAAAUUGGAUGUCUUCUUGGGCAGUAUUGCAAGGUUCUUCAUUACUGUUUACCAAGACUCAAGGAAGUGGAACUGGUUGGAAGUUUGGGGUCAAUCAAUCUAAACCAGAGUUCACAGUGGAUCUCAAAGGUGCAUCUAUUGACUGGGCUUCAAAGGAGAAAUCAAGCAAGAAAAAUGUGAUUGAGAUGAAAACACGCCAGGGAACUGAAUUAUUAAUUCAAUCAGACAAUGACAUAUCUAUUAUGGAAUGGUUUAGAGUUCUUGAAUAUGCUAUCAGUAACCAGACAGUAGAGUCUGAAGAAGCAUUGGAUGAUGAAAUGCCAGAUUCGCCUGGAUUGGAAAAACAAGACAAAGAAAAGGACCAUAAAGAUUCUAAAAAACUUCGUUCACUAAAAGUAUCUAGCAGUAUUGAUUCUUCAGAACAAAAGAAGACUAAAACGAAAUUGAAGAAGUUUUUAAUCCGCAGACCUACCUUACAAGCAGUCCGUGAAAAGGGCUACAUUAAGGAUCAGGUAUUUGGCUGCAAUCUAAGCAGUUUGUGUCAAAGAGAAAAUAACACUGUGCCAAAAUUUGUGAAGCUGUGCAUUGAACAUGUUGAAGAACAUGGAUUGGACAUCGAUGGAUUGUACAGAGUUAGUGGUAAUCUUGCAGUAAUACAGAAGCUAAGAUUCGCAGUUAAUCAUGAUGAAAAACUGGACUUGAAUGACAGCAAAUGGGAAGAUAUCCACGUCAUCACAGGGGCUUUGAAAAUGUUUUUUAGAGAACUGCCAGAACCAUUAUUCACUUUCAGCCAUUUCAAUGAUUUUGUCAAUGCCAUUAAACAAGAGCCUCGGCAACGUGUUCAAGCUGUAAAAGAGCUGAUUAAACAGUUGCCAAAGCCAAAUCACGAUACGAUGCAGGUGCUGUUCAGACACCUCAAGAAAAUUAUAGAAAACGGAGAAAAGAAUCGAAUGACCUAUCAAAGUAUAGCCAUAGUCUUUGGCCCAACUUUAUUAAAACCUGAGAAAGAGACUGGUAAUAUAGCAGUUCACACAGUGUAUCAGAACCAGAUUGUAGAAUUAAUCCUACUGGAAUUGAACUCAGUCUUUGGACGUUGAAUUUGUUAAGCCUGACUGGCCUUUGAAGGACAAAAACUCGGCUCUGACAGAAACAGCAUCUCAAUAUAUAUAUUAUGUCUUUGUGGACCAAGCAGCCACUUGAUGGUAUUGCACUUUUUUGGGGGGGGAGGGAGAAGAGUGUGAUUUAUUUUUGCUGGGUUUUGGAAGCUAUUAACUUUGAAUUUUUUUUACAAUAAAUGUUAUGGAUAUUACAAAGUUUAUAUGAUUCUAGUGACACUUAAACUGAAGAUUUUAUAUAGAUGUACACACUGGAUUUUUUUGGGUGGAAGAAGCUAAUUUCAGUCAGGAUUAUCUAGAAUGGCAUUUUAAUCUUUAUUUUUAAAUACAGGUUGUCCUCAAUUUAUAACCAUUAUUUAAUGAUCACUCAAAUUUAUAAUAGUGCUGGGAAAGGUGACUUACGACCGUCUCUAGCAGUUAUGACUGUUUUAAUGUCCCCACAGUCACAUGAUCAUGGUAUAUAUACUUGGCAACCAGCAAUUGCAGUGUCCCAGGAUCACAUGAUCACCAUUUACAACCCUCCAAAAAGCAAAGCCAAUGAGGGAAGCUGGAUUUGCUUGACAACUGUGUGAUAAAUUUAACAACUAUGGCAAACAGUUAAAAAAUUGAGCAUGGUCACAUAAACACAUUGCUUAUUGACAGAGGUUCUGUACCAAUGAUGGUCAUAAAUCAAAAAUUCUGUAACCUUAGACUUACCACUUGCUUUGGAGAAAAUAAACUCUUUAUCAACUGACUUUGAAGAACUUAGUGAGCUAUUUUUAGUGAAUCAAUGCAGUGCAAGCUCCCAAAUUAAAAUGGACAAGAGAAUUCCCGUUAUUCAUUUACAGAUUUCUGCAUUAAUUUGACAGAUUAAACAAGUGCUAAGUGGUCAAUGUAAAUUCCUUCACUACAUCAAUUGAUAUUGUUGGGCUUGCUCAGAUUUUAGCUGGCUUUUUUUUUUUAAAACCACAUACUAUUGCUUCAGACACUGAAUUGGUGCAUAUAACCAGUGGAGGAUAUAUCUGUGACGAGCUGGAGUGCUCAGCAUUUUUUAAAGAUGUACAUAUAUAUAGAUAUAUAUAUAUGUUAUUUGAGAUUAAAUCAUAUUUAGCAAAUCUAACUGGAGGUUGAUAUUGUAGUGAAUUCUUGUAUGAAUCUGUGGUAGUGAAAUCAGUUAUAAAUACACACUGAAGUCCUAACUGGGUGUUUUAUUUUUUUAUUAUUAUGUGUAUACACUGUUGUAUACUUUCUACUCCUACACUUUGAAUGUGUAGAUUAAUAACUGGUAUUUUGAUGUACCUCCAAUGGAUAUUCUGUUCCUACAGAAAAAUGGGUUACUUGGAAAACUGUGUGCACUUUUUAAAUGCUAACAUCUGCACGCCAAUAAUUCUAAUGCAAAUGGUACUGGAAAAAUACUGCUUGCUUUACAUGGUUAAUGCACUACAAGCAAAACCUCUGAUGUUAUUUAAUAUGUACAGGAGCUAUAUUAGAUAAAUAUAUUGCAAAUUCUAACAUCUAUAUAUUGCAGAAACUUAUAUUUGAAUAGAUGGAUGUCUGGAUGUAAUGAAAAUGCUGAACUUAAGGAUUCCUUUUGAUUUUAAUGAUGUAGAUUGAUUUGUAAAAUAAUUUCAGAAGAUUUUGUUACAGGAUACAUGGUCUGCAGAAGAUUUUUUUUAAAUUGUAUUUUUCUAGACUAACUGCUAUAUCUGACAUUUGCUACGUGGAAAUGAAAUAAAACUGUUAGUUGUUUGGAAUGUGGUGCUUCAGAUUUGAAAUGCAAGUUGUGCCAUAUUGAAACUUUAAAUACAAACCAACCAAUCAUUUAUUGGUUGCUGGUUUUAUAAUGCAUCAAUUACCUUUGAUUUACAAGGACUCAAUGAAUUCAUUGUUGGCAAACAGUCCUGAUGGCCAGAAAAGAAGUGGAAGGGACUUAUUGAAUAAUAAUUCUCUCUACAGGAUUGAUGGGACAAUUGUCCUCACCAUUUUAUUUGAUUAAUUUAACAACAUUAAGGCAUUUUUAAAAGCAUUAUUAUUAGCAUAUUUCUUGAGAAGAAAAACUCUGAAAUAUUGACCUCAAUCUAGAAAAGGCCCAAUUCUAUUAUUGAUCAUAGAGGUUUUUGUGGAAGAAACAUUAUGCAGGACAGAUGCCUAUUAAGGCAUCUGGAAACAAUGUGUGUACUUCCUGAGAAUGAAACUAUAUAAUAUGCUCCUUUACUAGUUUCAGUCAUAAAGAUGAUCAUAGAAUUUAUUUUCUUCCUGUAUCUGUCUUUCAGAACAUUCUCCUGACCAGAAAUAGUAGUUUAUUGGAUAAAACUUUGUUUAUUUUCUGUAUUCUGAUUUAUCUUAUGUAACUGGUUAUAAAACUAAAAAAAAGUAUUGCUGGGAAAAAAACACUGAUGGAAGAUUAGCUGCCAUCCCAGUUAGCUUAGAAAAUUAUCAUUAGAAUAAAUUAAAGACUAUUUCUUUGUAUCAAAUAUCAAAAUUGCUAGAACAUGCUGCAGCUUUGCUUCUUCUUUCUUAGACAGAUAUUGAGAACAUUUAACAUAGUUUUCAAGCAGACUUUGUGAUAAAUGGCUUUUGCAAAUAUAAUUCUGGAAGCUAAUCACUCAACAUAUAUUCUUAUAAUUCCUCUCCAAAUAAAUUGUUAAUAGCUAGAAAUUUUCUUAAGUCAUGUAGCUGAAACACUCUAUAAUAGAUAUUAGCUCAACUUUUAAAGGUGCAUCUUGGUUUGGCAAGAUAAACAAGGAUCACCUUCAUAAACUUAUUCAAGCAUCCUGUAAAUAUUCUGAACUGCAUUAAUUGGAAUAUGUCUCAAAACAGGUGCGGUAAAUAUUCGUAGUUUUGAAUCUGUUUCAAUAAUAUAUAUAAAACAGCCUAUCUCCAAAGAUAAUGAAGAUUUGGUUAAAUCACAUUUAUGUUACAAAGAAGAUUGACCAAUUUAUUGUUGUCAUUUCGAAAUGAUGUUGUGUAAUGAGAAAGUAUUCUGCCUUUUGCAGUUGACUAUAUUUGCCUUGCUAGAUGGCUAAUGAAUUAAUUGGCUUUGAUAUAUGAUAGUGUUAUUUCCAUGACUGUUGUUUCCUAAAUCUCUUACUGUGGAUUAAACAUUCUUUAAGUUUUGUGCCAGAAAUAAACUGUUAUUUAAAUAUUUCUAUUUGAUUGUUUAAAAUUACAUAAAUAAAAAUUAAUAAUUAGUGAAAAUUGGAAAAAAAUAUAUGUCCCAAACUGAAUUAUGAACUUUUGGCAUAAAUUAACAUUUUAAAGAAUCUGGAGCCAACAUAAUGCUGCAAAAUUAACAUAUCAAAGCCAUUGGCUGUAAUACAUCAGUAUGUAUUUACCAGAAGUGUGCCUGUGUUUCAGAACAAAUAAGUUGUGCUAAUUCAGGAUUUGCUUUGUUGGAAAUGGUUUGUGUUUUCCCUGGGAUGCAGGGAGACACUUAAUUAGUGGCAUUCAAGUUAUCUUGUACUUUUAAAUUAAGAAACUGUGGAUUACUGUGAAAUGAGUUUUACUCAUUACUGGCAAUGAGUUUGAUGCUCUUUUUGACACAAAUAAACAUUUAACUCUCA